AUGUCAAAUGAUAAAAUUAUAGAAAAUUUUGAAAUAUCUUGUGAUUAUUAUUAUUUCUACAUAUUUUAUAAAAAUCAGUGUAUCUAUAGUAUUAACUUAAAAAAAGAUGAAGAAGAAAAAACAAAAAUAAAUAAAAGUGAAAAUGAGAAAUUACUAUUAGGAUCCAUAUAUGCCAUAAAUUACUUAUGUUUUAAUAUUCAACCAAACAAAAAAUUAAAAAAUCUUUAUAAAACCAUUGAAAAUACUAAUAAAAAUAUGAAUCAAAGUGUGAGAACUUAUAAUCAAAAUAUUAUUAACAGACAAGAAAAUUUGCACGUUGGAAAUUUUAAUUCUUUUAAUACUCCAUUUUAUAAAUUACAUUAUUUUGAAACAUUAACAGCUUAUAAAUUCGUUCUUAUUACACACAAGGAUACACCAAAAUUAUCUAAUUUCUUAAGAGAUAUUUAUAAAACUUUAUUUCUUGAUUUAAUUGUAUUUAAUCCUAUGUAUAAUAUAGGAGACGAGAUCAAAGAUAAAGUAUUUGACGAAAAAAUAAUAGAUCUAAUCAAAAGAAUAUCAUUUACAUAA